AUGGUGUCAUGGAAAGGGAUAUACUUUGUACUUGCACUAUUCUUGGGAAGUUUUUUUGGAAGUAUAUUCAUGCUUGGUCCUUUUCUACCUUUGAUGUUUAUCUCACCGGCCUGGUAUCGCUGGAUCACCGACUGCAUUGUGGCCACUUGGUUCACUCUCCCAGUGGCCUUGCUGGAAAUGGUGUUCAGUGCCAAGGUGGUUGUUACUGGUGACGGAUUUGUUCCUGGAGAAAGGAGUGUCAUCAUCAUGAACCAUCGCACGCGAAUGGACUGGAUGUUCCUGUGGAACUGCCUGCUGCGAUACAGCUACCUCAGACUUGAAAAAAUCUGUCUCAAAUCCAGUCUCAAAAGCAUUCCGGGAUUUGGCUGGGCAAUGCAAGUUGCUGCCUUUAUUUUCAUUCAGAGAAAGUGGGAAGAUGACAAGAAUCACUUUGAAAAAAUGCUGGAUUAUUUCUGUGACAUUCAUGAACCGCUGCAACUCCUCAUCUUUCCAGAAGGAACUGAUCUCACAGCCAAUACCAAAGCCCGCAGUAAUGAAUUCGCUGAAAAGAACGGACUUCGGAAAUAUGAGUACGUCUUACAUCCAAGGACUACUGGAUUCACUUUUGUGGUUGAGCGUCUAAGGGAAGGUGACAAUCUCGAUGCUAUCCAUGACAUAACUGUGGCAUACCCCCAAAACAUUCCUCAGACAGAGAAGCACCUUUUGAAUGGAAACUUCCCAAAGGAGAUUCACUUCCAUGUCCAGAGAUAUCCCAUAGAGACAGUGCCCACAUCUAAGGAGGAGCUGCAGCUUUGGUGCCGAGAGCGCUGGGAAGAGAAAGAGGAGAGACUCCGACAUUUCUACGAAGGCAGAAAAAGCUUCGGUGCAACAGGGCAAAGCAUUGUUCCACCGUGUAAAUCUGAGCUCAGGGUCCUCGCGGUCAAAUGCAUCUCACUCCUGUACUGGACGGUGUUCCCACUGGGUAUGCUCGCACUGCUGUACCUCUACAGCUUUGCACGGUGGUAUUUUGCAGCCAUGAUCGUCAUUUUUGUUGUGCAGCAAAAGGUAUUUGGUGGGCUGGAACUAAUUGAACUUGCUUGUCACCAGUACUUUAAAAAGCAACAGAAAUUUCACGACACGAAAGUGAAAAGCG